AGUCAUAGACAUUCAUGGCGAGGGAAGGAUUUUUCAUCAAUACUUAAAAASAAUUCAUAUUCAUGUGAAAUGGAAUCGUGCAAGCGASCACCUCGACGCAUUUUCCUAUUUCUGUUUACACUUUUAUGCUUGAGUUCAGCUGGUGUUAUUGUCGAUGCUGUAAAUAACUCAACAGCAUGUUCAUCAUCAAGACCAUUAGGGCUAGAGAGUGGUGCCAUACCUAACCAAGCCAUACAGGAAUCAAGUAUACAUCAAAAAAAUCCCCAAUACAGUGGUUAUCAAGCACGGCUGCAAAAUAAUGGUGCAUGGAUUGCUGCAACAAGUGAUACAAAUGCUUGGAUACAAGUAAAAUUCCCUAGAAGGUAUACCGUAUCUGCUAUAGCAACUCAGGGCUUUUUAGGCUUUAUCAAACAAUACACAAUAAGUGCCAGUGAUGAUGGUGUACAUUGGAAACCUUAUACUGUUGGUGGAGUCACAAAGGUUUUCCAGGGUAAUUCUGAUGUGAGUAAAGUUGUUCAAAACACCAUUGAUCCAACAUUUACAGGAAGAUUUGUUAAACUGUAUGUAAAACAAUGUGACAAUUACUGUGCUUUGAGAAUGGAGCUUUAUGGAUGUAAUAGUACCACACCAUCAGUUGUACCUCAGGCAUGUUCAAGGUUAAGCACGCCGUUGGGGACUAAAUCAUCAUGUACAAAGUCUGAAUAUUUUGGCAGCGUGUGCACAUUUAGUUGUUUGUUAUCUUAUGUCAUGGUUGGAAGGCCAUUCCUACUUUGUCAAGAUAAUGGACUUUGGAAUGAUACAGCACCAGUUUGUUAUAGACUGCCGGRCAAGCCAUCUUCAGUACAAGUGGUUUCAUCAUUGUCUCAUUCAAUGAAAGUUUUAUGGAGUAAACCAACGAGUGAUAGUGGUUCAGUAAGUVACUACAUCAUUCACUGGAUUGCAGACAAACAAAAUGCUGCCAAACAAAAAGUAGUUACUACAACAACAGCGACUUUAGAUGUGCUACCUUAUACUUAUUAUACAAUUAAAGUACAAGCUCGUAAUUUAUAUGGCACUAGUGGUUGGUCAACUUCAAUAAGRCAAAGAUCAGAUGAAGCAGCACCAUCGAUGACACCUUCAAACUUUGCUGUUAMGUCCCUAACYUCRCUAUCUUUAACGGUCACAUGGGGUGAGAUCCCACCAGAAGGUCGGAAUGGAAUCAUUCUAGGAUACUACAUUUUUUUCAAGAACAGUACAUCACAGAAUGCACCAGAAACCCAGGUGGUAGUGCCAGGAAACUCAACUUUCAAACACACUUUAAAGAACCUGAAGUAUGAUGCAUAUUUUUUGUCUGUGGCUGGAUAUACAAGAAUUAAUUUUGGUCCUAGAACAUCGUCCAUUAAAGCAGAACCACUUGGAGGAGCUCCAUCAAAGCCAGAGGAAUUUAAAGCCACAGUAAUGAGUUCCACAUCCGUUCUCCUAAAAUGGGAUCCUCCCAAGAAUCCUAACGGAAAGAUUAUCAAAUACACAGUCAAAUAUGGUGUUGAUCAGCAACGACUUUCAAAAGUAGUACAAACAAAAGGCACAGUACAACAGGUCUUCRUCAAAAACCUUGAAGAGUACACAAAAUACUAUUUCCUUGUUUAUGGUCACACAAACCAUAUGACUGGACAKUCAUCCCAGAUAGUUUCUGCAAAGACUUUUGAAGAUGUACCUGGCGAGACUCCAGUAAUUAUUUCAUCCAAAGCACGAGAUGCUUAUACUGUKUUUAUUUCGUGGGACAAGAUAUCAACUGCAGAAUCCAAUGGCAUAAUUAAAGGAUACAUAGUGUUUUACAACACAACUGGACAAUCAGGGUAUCGCAAUAAAACUAUUAGUGAUGGAGAGAAGCUAAGUACAGAAAUUACAGGACUAACUCCUUAUACUCAAGUGUGUGUCAAGCUAGCUGCAUUUACUAAGAUUGGUUUAUCUAAGAACUGGGAUAAGGAAUCAUGUACAUAUGUACGUACCCAGCAAACAGGUCCAAGUGCUCCUUUAGAUGUGGUAUUAAAACCGAAGACUUCCACUUCAAUAGAGGUAUCUUGGAAGAAACCUAAAACAUCGAAUGGAGUCAUCAAAAAGUACAUGAUCUUCUAUGGAGAGCACAAGGACAACUUUGCCCRUUUUGAUGUAGGAGGGCAAAACUAUGAUUAUGAGCUUAAAGGUCUUAAAAAGUUUACUACAUACUACAUUCAAGUACGUGGAGAAACAACGAAAACUGGAAAUGCCUCAGAUGUAAAGUCUGCCAAGACCCUUGAAGAUGCACCAAGUGCUCCAGUAAAGUUUAAAGGUAGAGAUAUGUCAGAUAAGAGCAUUGCACUGUUUUGGUCCAAACCAAAARAAACCAAUGGUAUUAUUCGCCAAUACACCAUYAAAGUAUAUGAGGAAAAGACACGUGAGAAAGUUGGUAAYACUAUUGUCUUGCCUAGUCAUAAGGGCAUUGAUCUUUUAAGAGAACAUAUUUAUGUGGUGUCUGGGUUAAAGCCUUUCAGAGAGUAUUUCAUGACCAUCCAGGGCGUCACAAUAAAACCUGGUGARCUUGCAAACUGUACUGCAAAGACACARGAAGGAGWCUUUGGUAUYGUUGUUUCAGUGCCUUCCAAACCCAAAAACAUCAGAGUGAAGCUGAUUGGUAAUUCUCUUGUGGUCCGUUGGGAUCCACCUGAUGAAGAAAAUGGUGUGUUGAAGAUGUAUCGGAUCUACUGCUAUGGAGGCCGUUCAUACGAUUUAAAGUUUUCAGACCCAAACAUAAAGUCGGUGUCGGUGAAUGAAACAGAAAUCGUUUUUGAUGGAUUAAAGCCUGGAACAAAAUAUGAAGUGAUAGUAACAGCAAAGACUAGUGUUGGUGAAGGAAAAAAGAGCAACCCUGUCUAUGUGCACACAGAUUCUGAAGCACCACCUGCCCCGAUGGAUCCUGACACCAUCAUAGAUAGUGUCAAUCACAAUUCUAUCACUAUCAUYCUCAAUUCAUCAGCACAAAGUCAUGGGAAAAUCAUUGCCCAUCAAGUUAUCGUCGAGAUGCUUGGUUCCAUAACAAAACGAAGUCUAGAUCCAUUACCCAAGCAGAUCUAUGGUUACAAGGAGGCUAUGAGACUCGGAUCACGGUUUUACGUUGCGGCCGAGUUCCGUGGUUCCAAUGUCCCAGCAAAAUUUGUACUCGGAGAUCGUAAAAACUAUGAUGGAUAUUACAACGCGCCUCUCGAACCUUCUACAAGGUACAGAGUGUAUAUUCGAGGUGUCACAAAGGAUGGAGAUGGGAAAUGGAUUUAUGGAGUUCCAGCUACAAAAAAUCUUCCAAUUACAGCUAAAGACCCAACAUUAAAAAAGAGCAAUGACAACAUGAUAGGUCUUAUAGCGGGCAUUGUUGGUUUCUUGAUUCUGAUCACUAUUAUUGUUGCCGCUAUCGUACUUUAUAAAAGAUCCAAGAGACCUCUAAAAGCUAAUGUUGAUGUUGAGAAUUCCAAGGCAAAGUCAAGACGUCGAUUUAGAGACUUGGAACUCAAACGUCUUGCUGGUAAGAAGCGACCAUUGGCAGUACCUGGGGAGGUCAUCAACGACCCUGAGCACCCUCCGAUACCCAUGGAGAACUUUGCCAAACAUGUACACAAACUGCACAAGUCAGAUGAUCGGGGGUUUAUGAUAGAGUACAAUAAACUCGAUGUUGGACGAGAUUUCUUGUGCGACAACGCGUACUUACAGGACAAUAAAAAUAAGAACAGAUAUGGAAACAUCGUCCCUUAUGACCAUUCUCGUGUAGUGUUAUCAGUGUUGGAUAAUAAACCAAGUACAGACUACAUCAAUGCCUCACAUAUCGACGGUUAUAACAAGCCUAAUGCGUACAUCGCUACACAAGGGCCAGUACCUCACACAUUUGAAGAUUUCUGGCGAAUGGUAUGGGAACAGCAGUCUUCUACAAUUGUUAUGCUCACAAACUUACAAGAAAGACACAAGUUAAAAUGUCACAAGUACUGGCCUGACGACACAGAGGAUUAUGGUGAUAUAUCAGUGAAGCAAGUCAGAUGUGAACACUAUGCAGACUACAGUAUUCGUUCAUUUACCGUCAAACGAGAGAGUGAGAAAGAGGAACGCGAAGUUCGUCAGUUUCAUUUCACAGUGUGGCCAGAUCAUGGCGUACCUGAAUAYCCUACCGCAAUUCUUGCUUUUAGACGGCGAGUACGAGCAUAUAACCCUCCUGAUGCUGGGCCAGUUGUUGUUCAUUGCAGUGCCGGUGUUGGGCGAUCAGGGACGUUCAUCGUGAUCGACGCCAUGUUAGAUCGAAAUAAAGCAGAAAAAUCUGUAGAUAUAUUUAAUUAUGUAGCGUACCUGAGAUCGCGGCGGACGGCCAUGGUCCAAACAGAGGAACAAUAUACAUUCUGUCAUGAUGCAAUCCUUGAAGCUAUUCAGUGUGGUAAUACACAGAUCUUGGCUCAUGACCUUAGAAUAGCGCUCAGUAAGAUGGAGGUGGUCGAUAAAGAUAACAAAAUGACSCGSUUUGAAAGAGAAUUUAAGACACUGAACAAAGUCAGCCCUGUGUUGCCCAAAGCUUGUUAUAUUGUUGCAAUGUAUCCAGAAAAUAAAGAAAAGAACAGAUACCAAGACAUACUAGCAUCGGAUUUCUCGCGAGUUGUGCUGACAGCAAUCGAUGACAAUGAAAUAACAACAUAUAUAAAUGCAGUCCAUAUAUCGGGCUACAAGCAGCAGCAUGCUUUCAUCAUUACCCAGUAUCCUUUGACGCCUACAAUCACAGACUUUUGGCGCAUGCUUUGUGARCAGGAGUCCGCAUGUGUUGUUGUCUUCCAACCAACGGAAGAAGGGGAUUUUCCUCAGUUCUGGCCUGAAGAAGGGAAACAUAUUUACGAUGAAAUGAUCACUGUAGAAUGUCAAGUGGAGAAGUCUAGCAGUAUUGAUAACUUGCGGUCUGACUACGAUCAGUCAGAGAUAACAGAAUGUAGAUACAAAGUACAAGAUCUCAGAGAACCAGAAAAAGAGUUAAACGUCAAGAUGUUUGUGUURAAUGGAUGGACGAGUGAAGACGAUCCACCUGAUACAUCAUCCAUGAUUACUUUAGUAGCUAAAGUAGAGAAAUGGCAACAGCAGUCUGGYAAUGGAGCUAUUACCGUCAUGUGCAGUGAUGGUAUUGGGAGAAGUGGAACGUUCUGUGCCUUGUACUCUGUCUUGGAGCGAGUCAAAAUCGAACAAGUGGUAGAUGUUUUACAAGCCAUUAAGGCCAUGAGAAUACCCAGACCAGGACUCGUUAAAACUACGGCUGAAUACAGAUCAAUUCACUACACUGUUCAAGAAUACUUAGCAGCAUUUGAUGAUUAUGCCAACUUCAAGUAAAAACUCAGUUUGAUAUAUUAGAGAAAACUAUUAAUGUAUAGAAAGACAGCCUUGAUCGUCUAGUAUCAUUUAGGCUAACUAUCAAGGUCAAGAUAUAAUAUACAAAAAUAAUCAGAAUUACGUGAAUGGUAGACUUAUCAAAUAAGCAAACAAUAAUUCGUGAAAAAUACACGAGUCAAAACCAAAGGAGAAGGUAGAUAUUUUAUUCAAAAAUUCAAAAUGUUUUUGUGCCACUUUGUAUAAUCACGCCAGUUUGACUGGAAAUAGAUCAAUCUGUUUUGUAACUUCCAUGGGUAAAACUGCGAUUUCGAUGUAAUACCUUGGAUCGAUUGACUCUCUUGAAGUACAACAGCCCUAGUGUAGGCACACACUUCACUCGAGUCAUUUCUGUAUUCUGUGCAUGCUUACGUCUCGUGAAAACAAGGCUUGAAAUAAAGUCGAAUCUUUUCUCGUAAGAGGACAGCUCUAACUAUACGGACCCCGUUUUUUUUUCUUCCAAACAAACACUGUAUUUACAYUUUCUUCUGGUUGGAGAGCAACGGACAUUUUUUCUCAGUGUUUCCAAGGGUGUCCGCUUACGAGAGAUUCAACUAUAGCUGAUGAGUCCUGAUGAUGCUGUAGAACAGCGAAACCAUCYAACAGCAGUAUCUGGCCGCAUUUUCUAUAUUAUUACUCUCCUACUGGAGGCUCUAACAUGCUGCUGAAGGAUAAGGUUAACUCAACCAUAGCUAUUAUACUUCAAGCAGUUGUUAAUUAUCUUUUAUCGGUCUGUAUUUGACUAUUUUUGAAGCUGAUUUCAGACUUUUACUACUGAUUAACCUGCUUCAAUAUGUUUCAAAUAUGAUUGGCUGUCGAUCUUUAAAUAUAGAUGGAAAAGAUUGAUUGACAGAUCCACGAUUUGUUGUAGAUCUAAACAGGUUGAUAAAUCAAGCGGCAAACCACGUGACAAACCUCGGCACUAGAGAUAAAUGUUCUGCUAUUCAAUUAAGAUUCCAGUUAUCUUUAAAUUAUUUUCUAUUUUAGUGCUUUGAAACAGGGAUUUUUUAGUUUAAACGAUGGCAAUAGACUUCUGAACCUUUUACGUAACUACUUGAUUUUCAAUGCAUUGUGGGAUCAGUUUCUAAACAAAAGAAAUCCGUCUUUGUUCUGUCCCAAACAUAUCCUACAAUGCAUUGCGUAUACGGUGCAUGACGUAAAAGCUUCAGAGAGCUACCUGUGGGAUACCUGUGUUCAUAAAUGAAGUCGGACCACGGAGGUAGGUCAAAUGUUCCUGUCACUAGAUUGUAGGUAAUGAAUUACGCCGUUUCUACGUCAUUAUGUAUUGUAUGCGAUGAUGUUGACCUCCGCUAAACAACUACCGUCUUGAAGUGUUGUUGAUAGAGAGGUCGGUUAUUGCUGGUUUUCAGAUUACGUCACAGCAGCCAUCUUGGAGGUUGUAUCUAUUAUUCAUACCUCCAAUGUGCUUUUGUUGUUUGAAUCUCAUGGGAAUGGUUGAAAAYCAGCAAUUGUCCCAUCAGUAUGAUACGAGCUGCGUAAAUUAAGUGAGCAAAUGACGGAAGGAUUUCCCUGGAGAUAGAUGCUAGUGAACUUCGACGAUAGGGUUACAUGUAGAUAUAUUAUAUAUAUAUGUAUAAUGAUGAAUGAUAUUUUCCUAUUUUAAUUGAAAAUCACAAAUAAACGUGACUCAAUAACAGAAAACWUAUAUUUAUUGUCG